UUCCAGUGCCAGAGAAUGUGUGCCUUUCGGAAGAAGUCUUUACUCUCCCUCCAGGGAGGAUCCUGGAGGGACACAAACAGAUGGACUCUGCUGGCUAUGGUUUAACAGGACUGGCUUCCAUUUUGAUACGUGGAGUUUAAUACACUGUGGGGACUUCAGAAGUAACUGGCCACUGUCCUGAUGAUGCUGCAUCACACUGAGUGAGACACGGAGAGGGCGUUAUCUAACCAAGGCCUACUGCUGAGUUAUGGUGGUGGACCUUCCCCAGGAAGACCGACUUCUCCAGAUUCCAUCUAUCUCUGUGUAUUAUUCAACAAUGGAUCACUGGGGCAGGCUAAAGACUGUGCUCUAUUGAGACCAGAGUCAGAAUAUCUGAAGAUUAUCUGAAUGAUCCAAGACAGGGAUAGCGGAAUCAGAUGAGAUUUGGAACCAUAAAUGAAUCCUGGCUUCGGGCCUCAGCCCCACUCUUCAUCAAUGAUGGGAUCCUACUGAUCAAGUCGGUCAGAUGCAAGGCAGAACCAGGUACAAAUGCCAUCAGGAUGACUGGCAGCAGCAUCUCACUUUUAUCCAGAGCCUUCUAAGUUACCAAGGAAAACCCCACAUGGAGCCUCCGAAGUUCUGUGGCUUUAGGUCGGGAUACAUCUGAAUAGAAUGUUCGAGAAAAAAGAACAAACAGAACCUUAUUCCUAGGAAACGCCAGAGGUCAUAACCAGGCCAUCGAGAAAUGGUUCGUGCCCAGUGGAAGGUGAUUAUUUUAUUGAUCCUGUUGAUGGUCAUCCCUAGUGAUGGACUAUUCCACUCCAUAUACCGAAGUAUCCUUGUUGCCCAGCCGUUCAAGGGGAAUGCAGGACAGCCUCUAUUUCUUAGUCCAUACAUCAGAACUGGGAAGAUCAAGGAGGGGCAAAGGAAGAGCAUGGUCAGUCCUUUCCCUGGAAUGUAUGACAAGAGUUAUGCUGGCUACAUCACGGUGAACCAGACUUACAACAGCAACCUCUUCUUCUGGUUCUUUCCAGCUCGGACACAGCCCGCAGAUGCCCCAGUAGUCCUCUGGCUUCAGGGCGGUCCUGGAGGUUCAUCCAUGUUUGGACUCUUUGUAGAACACGGGCCUUAUAUUAUCACAAGUAACAUGACCGUUCUCUCCAGAGACUUCCCUUGGACCUUUAGCCUUUCCAUGCUUUACAUUGAUAAUCCGGUGGGUACAGGCUUCAGCUUCACUGAUCAUAUCCAGGGAUACGCCAUCGAUGAGGACGAUGUAGCCCAAGACUUGUACAGUGCACUGGUUCAGUUUUUCAAGUUGUUUCCUGAGUACGCAAAGAAUGACUUUUAUAUCACUGGCGAGUCUUAUGCAGGGAAAUAUGUUCCGGCCAUAGCAUACUAUAUCCACUCCCUCAACCCCGUGCGAAGGUUCAAGAUCCGCCUGAAAGGAAUUGCCCUUGGAGAUGCAUACACUGAUCCUGAAACGAUUAUAGGAGGGUACGCGACAUUCCUGUAUGAAGUUGGCUUGUUGGAUGAACAGCAGCGAAGGCACUUCCGGAAGCAGUGUCGAAAGUGCAUAAAAUACAUCAAAGAGCAGGAGUGGAUGAAGGCCUUUGAAGUCCUGGAUGAACUGCUGGAUGGAGAUUUAACAGCUGGUCCAUCUUUCUUCCAGAAUGUGACAGGAUGCACCAAUUACUACAACAUUUUACAGUGCACGGAACCCGAGGACCAAAGUUACUUUUCGAAAUUCUUGUCACUCCCACAAGUGAGACAAGCCAUCCAUGUGGGAAACCGGAACUUCAGUGAUGGUGCUGAGGUUGAGAAGUACCUACGAGAGGACACAGUGAAGUCAGUGAAACCCUGGCUAGCUGAGAUCAUGAAUUACUACAAGGUUCUCAUCUACAAUGGCCAACUGGACAUCAUUGUGGCCGCUGCCCUGACAGAACGCUCCUUGAUGACCAUGGACUGGAAGGGAUCAUACGCAUACAGAAGGACACAUAAAAAGAUUUGGAAGAUCUUCGAAUCUGAUGAUGAAGUGGCAGGUUAUGUGCGGCGCGUGGGUAAAUUCCAUCAGGUAAUCGUCCGAGGUGGAGGACACAUUUUGCCCUAUGACCAGCCACUGAGGUCUUUCGAUAUGAUCAAUCGCUUCAUCUAUGACAGAGGAUGGGAACCUUAUAAAUUAUAAGCUACUUUCCUGAAACAGGAGUCUUAAUCACCAAAGAAUAUUGUUUUAAAAGACUAAAGAUAUCAUGUAAAUUUAAAAAUGUUAUCUUUUUCAUAUUUUCAAGGCAUUUGUUAUCAAUAAAAGUUUCCCUGAAACACGUGA